AUGGAAAAUAUGGACUCUCGGCUAUCUGAUUUUUCAAUUCAAGGCGAGCUUGGCACAGGAAGCAGCGGGACUGUUUAUAAAGCUAAAAGCUUGAUAGAUAACAAUAUCUAUGCAUUAAAAAAGAUUAACAUUUCAAAUCUUUCUUUUGAAGAAAAGUCUGAAGCUCAAACUUUGAAAAAACUAGACCAUCCAAAUAUCAUAUCCAAUAUAAAUAGAAUAACUGCCAAUUUUUUUAAAAAUAAUUAUUAUUAAUUUUCUUAUAACUAACAAAAUUAUUUCAAAUAAAAAGUAUAAAAUACUAUGGAUCAUUUAAAGAAGGCGACUGAUUUUAUAUCAUCAUGGAAUAUGCUGAAGGCGGCGACCUCCACAAACUUUUUAAGCACCAUCAAACUUUAAAAGUGAAUUUUGACGAAAAAGAAAUUUGGAAAAUAAUUAUAGGCUUAGUCAAAGGUAUUUCAUAUUUGCACUCUCAGCACAUAAUUCAUAGAGACAUUAAAUGCUUGAAUAUUUUAUUGACAAAGGAUAGGAAGCCUAAGCUUGGGGAUUUAGGCUCCUCGAAAUUAGUAUCAAGCACCAUGAAUUAUAAUAGAGUAGGAACUCCUCAUUAUUUGUCACCAGAAAUGGUCCGGUGUCUUCCAUAUGAUUAUAAAACUGAUAUUUGGGCAUUAGGAUGUGUCGUUUAUACCUUGGCAUGCUUAGAAAUCCCUUUUAAAGGGGAAAGUUUGUUAUCAUUAGGAUUAAGUAUAGUAAAUAGUGAACCGAAAAGGCUUCCUGGAAUGUACUCACAGGAUUUAACGAAUUUGUGUAUGAAACUUCUUAUGAAACAGCCAGUUGAUAGACCAACUGCUGAAGAAAUUAUGGAGUUGAUACCAAGUCAGUAUAAAAAUGAGCAUGAAACUUUUAUAAAUAUAGAAGAAGAGAUAGGUAAACAAUAUAAAACUGAUUAUUUUAGAAAACCAAACAUAUCGCCUAUAAGGACUUUUUCGCUGCAAGAAAAACCAGAUUUUUCUGAGAAAUAUUUAAAUAAGCAAGAAAUUAAAAAUUCACCAGCCACAGAUUCUCCACUCAUUGGGAAAGUUUUAGUCUCAUUAGAAAGAAAAAGGAAUAGCAAAAGGCUUUUAAUCAAAAGAGCAUCAGUAGGCCAGAAUAAAAAAGCUAAACUUAUCAGCCUUGCUAAUCAAAGAAGAGAGCCUGAAAGUGCUAGAAGACCAUUGACUUCUGCAAGAGUUUUAUACCAAACUGUAAAUGACAGCUUAACUCCGAAAGAUAGAUCAGCAUCAGCUUUGAAAGCUCCACAUCUGACCAAGCAUGAAGCCCAUCCCCUAGCCUUCAGUACCAAAAUGCCUAGUCUUGAUGGGGAUGAUGAGCAUGUAGGAUUGAAAUCUCUGGCAAUGUCGAGGACGAAGAGCUUAUCUUAA